AUAGCUUAGUUUCCUUCAUAAUACACAUCAGUUAAUACAUUACUUGGCCGAGUAGAUGUGUGUUGUUGCUUCGCGCUGCAGCAUCGUCGUGUCACACAAAUCGACCUGUCGACGUCAUCACAGGAUCCGCCGCAAAACUGUAUCACAAACGUACAGGACUCGAUCAGGUGAUUGACAGACGUCCUCGCACAUUGUUUACGAAAAAGUUUUACUCAGCUUCUUCUCGAAAAUACCCGAGAAAAACAGUUUUCCACUUGAGAAUCCACGGAACCACUGCCAACAAGCUGAUUUCUCAGUGACAUUCCUUCGUCGGGUGUAUAGUUGUUGUGAAAAAACAAGUCAAUUAUUUCCGAAUUCGGAAAAAAUAUUUGUAUUGCAUGAUAAGAAACUUUAUUUUGAUACACCUUUUAUAUAGCUUUGUAUCAUGAAGGCGGUAAUUCUUAUUGGGGGCCCUUCUAAAGGGACUAGAUUUCGACCUUUAUCUCUGGAUAUACCAAAGCCUUUAUUUCCUAUUGCUGGCCUACCGAUGAUUCAACAUCAUGUGGAAGCUUGUAAAAAAGUCGCCUGUGUAUCUGAAGUUUUGAUAAUUGGCUCAUACAAUGCUGCUGAUAUACAACCAUUUGCCGAUGAAAUGUCACGCAAUAAUGGCUUAGUAAUUAGGUAUUUGCAAGAAUUUACACCUCUUGGCACUGCAGGAGCAAUGUACCAUUUUAGAGAUCAAAUUAGAGUUGGUGGUGAAGACAGUUUCUUUGUUUUUAAUGGGGAUGUCUGUGCUGACUUCCCAUUGGAAGAACUUUUGCAGUCCCAUAAGAGUAAAAAAUGUUUAAUGACAAUAAUGGCAACAGAAGCUACAAGAGAACAGUCUUUAAAUUAUGGUUGUUUAGUUCUGAAUAAUGAAGGUUGUGUUGCACAUUACGUAGAGAAGCCUUCCACAUUUGUGUCAACACUCAUAAGUUGUGGAGUUUACGUAGCAUCGAAUGACAUUUUCCAAACAAUGUCAGAUGUCUUUUAUUCCAAUCAGCCACAAGAAAAACAAACGAUCACAAACGGCUAUGGCAAAGACUCUGCAUAUAUUUCACUAGAACAACACAUCAUGGCAAAAUUGAUAAAAAGUGGAAAAUUGUUCGCACUGCCAGUGAAAAACUGGUGGUCACAAGUAAAAACUGCAGGUUCUGCAAUUUACGUUAAUCGCCAUUAUUUGGCGCUCUACAGGCAGAACAAACCAGAGAGGCUAGCAUCGGCAUCAAACAGUAAAUGUCAAAUAAUAGAUGAUGUAUAUAUUCACCCUUCGGCAUCUAUUCAUCCUACUGCUGUGCUGGGACCAAACGUGAGUAUCGGAGCGAACGUGACGAUCGGUGCGGGAGUACGAAUACGCGAGACCAUAGUGAUGGAGAACUCGACUAUCCAGGCGCACUCGAUCGUCCUGUACAGCAUCGUCGGCAAGGACAGUCUGGUGGGUGAGUGGGCUCGCGUCGAGGGUACGCCCUGCGACCCCAACCCCGACAAGCCCUUCGCCAAGAUGGAAAAUCAGCCGCUCUUCAACAUCUACGGUCAGCUCAACCCGUCAGCCACAAUUCUGGGAUCUUCCGUGAGCUUGGCGUCUGAAAAAAUAUUGCUGAAUUCGAUAAUUUUGCCGCACAAAGAGCUGACUAGAGACUUUAAGAAUGAAAUUGUACUUUAAGCUUGAACAGAGGCAAGGUAAACUGAUGGAUAUUCCUAAUUGUACAUUUUUUCUACAAGCCCGGUGGACAUUUGAUAAUCUACAUUGUCUAUUACGAGCCUUUGCAUAUUGGUCAAAAAUGCCGAAUCAAUGUCAUAAUAACGAUCUAGUUAAGGGAUACGCGCCUAUGAAAAUUUUGAUAUAAAUCUAUUAAGAGAUCGGGUAAGUUGUAUAAUUGUCGAGGCAAUCUAUUAUUCUCAUUGAUUUGUUAAGUUUUUUUAAUUUUUAAUAAAUAUAUUCGCAUGUAAUAAAUAUACACUGGCUAAGGGCUUAGCCACACUGCUUGUUCGAUUCGAUAAUUUUUCAAAGAAUAACGUGCAUUCAUUGCAUAGUCGCUCAAAGUCUAGUUGUUUGUGAUCGAGUGCCGUAAGUGUACAGCUGAUAAUUACACCAGAAACGCAUCAUAGUCUUGAAUUUUUAACAAAGUCAAUUGCGUCACUAAAAGCAUAUUGAAAAUAAAAAAUCUGUAAGGAUAUAUUGUAUGAUAAAAUUUCGUUUGUAUUUUUCGAUGAGUCGGACGUUUUGUGAAUUUUUGUAAAUACGAAAAUAAAUGAAUUUGUUUAAAA